UGCAAUCCUAGAUCCUCCCUGCUAACACUACCAACUUUGAAGUCUUUGAUACUUUGCCUGAAGGCCCCCCUUCAAUAUGGCUGGUAAACGAAAGAGAGAUCUUCUGGAUUUCGAUCCCAACAAAUCCGAUUCUGAUGAUGAGAACUUUGAGCCCGACAUCGAUCGCCCACGCUCACAGAAGAAAACGCGUGCGCAUAGAGCGAAUAAACCCAUUUCUCGUAAAAAGGGUAGAUAUCGGGGUUCCGAUAUUGAGGACGAUGAAGAACUUGAUGAUAGUGAUCAAGAGAAUUCAUUUGCGGAAGAUGAUGAGGACGAGCCUGAACCUCCUAUAAACGAAACCACCGGCCGUCGUAUUAGAAAGGCGGCUACCAAACACCAAAGUUACAAGGAAAGCUCAGAAGAUGAAGAUGAAGAAUUAAUUCGCGACUCGAACGAGGAGAAGGAUGACCUUAUUAAAGAACCUCCUAAGAAGUCACCCCGCCAGAGGAAGCUGAUAACCCUUCGGGUUCCCCAGUCUGCACGAAAGACGCGUGCCGCCUCUAAUGCGAACCCUCCUCCGAUCGGGAUUAGAAGGAGUACCCGGGCUCGUACGGUUGACGAAGAUGAUGCUGACUUAGUCGAGCUAUCGAAUUCUGGAAGACAUGCAAGACCAGCUCGUGGAUCCAAGAGCAGGAGCCCCGAAACUUUCAGUCGGAUUAGUCGGCCAACUCGAAGUGGCAAAGGCAUUAAGCAGACAAUACCCACCGUAGUAGAGGCUGAUACCCAAGAAGAAAACCCGCCUCCCGAGGCCGAGAUUGUCGAAGAUCCCAUCGUCCAAGAUGCUACAGUGCCUGAGGAAAAUGUACCCGGGCACCCGGAGGCUGAUGCUGACGCGGAUGCCGACGCGGAUGCGGAUGCGGAUGAAGACGCUGCCCACGACCACGAGGAGCCCAUUGAAACGGUAGAAGCUAACGACCGCAUGGAUGUGGACGAGGAGGAUGAAGAUGAUGUUGCUCCCGUUUCGCGCAAAACACGUGGUACGAGAGCUAACCAAUUGACGGCCGCUACCGAGAAUGUUGCCAUUGAGGAUGAAAGUCCAGUGAAGCGAACGCGCCGACUAACCCGUAAGUCUCGGCUGGGAAAGUCGCUCAAAGAGCCUAGCAGUGACUUUGAGCCCGGUAAUGAUUCUGAAGACGAGAACAUGUCCGGCUCCGAGACUCACAAGAAUGAUCUGGGUGGCGGCGAUGACGAGAACUCGAGUCCUAGUGCCCGCGGUCGGAGAUCGUCGAGAGGGAAGGGGAGAAGAUCUGCAAGAAGGUCUCAACGACGUAACGAGUCUGGAGACGAAGAUGAAGUUGACGGGGAUGAAGUGGCGGAAGAACUUGCAGAUCUGACCCAGGAUUCUCGUACACGUAGGACGCGUCGUCGCUCACCUGAAAUACUCUUCGAUAGUAGAGAAGCAACGAGGCGCCGUAGAGGCCAGCCGGUGAACUACGCGAUAGCGCCGCUCAAUAGCAUCCCGUUCGAACAAGAAGAAGACAACGACGAUGCAGCUGCAACAACAAAUCGUCGUCGUGGACGCGGUAAUGGGGGAGGCGGCUGGGACCAUAACCUCCAUACAGUUGCUGGCGCCUUAGGCGGCGUUGGUCUUAAUGGCGCACUGCUCGGCGGACCUUGGGGAACCGGCGCAGCGGGUGGUGCCGAUUCCGACAGCAGCGACGAUGAAAUGAACUUCCGCUCGGAUGUAGGAGGAAUGGCAGGCAUGACGCCAACUUCCGCGGCUCCUAACCUAGGGCCAUCACAUGGAAAUAGGGAGAGUGGUGGUCUCAUGGCAGCGCCUACACUAAAUGUUGGCAAGAUUAAGAAUUCGAAAGCCCUGGCCGAUGCUGACCCACUGGGUGUUGAUAUGAACGUCGACUUCACCCAAGUUGGUGGCUUACAAGGUCAUAUCGAGCAACUCAAAGAGAUGGUACAAUUACCUCUCCUUUACCCAGAACUUUUCUCCAAAUUCCAUGUUACCCCGCCGAGAGGUGUGUUAUUCCAUGGCCCUCCGGGAACAGGAAAGACGUUACUUGCUCGGGCUCUUGCAAAUAGCGUUGGUAUCGGUGGUAAGAAAAUUACGUUUUAUAUGCGUAAGGGUGCCGAUGCGCUGAGCAAAUGGGUCGGUGAAGCCGAGAAGCAAUUGCGGCUUCUCUUUGAGGAAGCUAGGAAGACGCAACCUAGUAUUAUCUUCUUUGAUGAGAUUGAUGGACUUGCACCAGUCCGCUCCAGCAAGCAAGAGCAGAUCCAUGCGUCGAUAGUGUCUACCCUGCUCGCUCUGAUGGAUGGAAUGGACGGUCGCGGUCAAGUAAUCGUAAUUGGCGCUACCAAUAGGCCAGACAGUGUGGACCCUGCUCUGCGUCGCCCAGGACGGUUCGAUCGAGAAUUCUAUUUUCCUUUGCCUGAUGUUGACGGCCGCAAGUCAAUCAUCGAUAUCCAUACCAAAGAUUGGGGUCUUUCUGACCAAUUCAAGCUGUCUCUGGCCAGAGAUACGAAGGGUUACGGUGGUGCCGACCUACGUGCUAUGUGCACUGAGGCGGCCAUCAACGCGAUUCAGAGAUCGUACCCUCAGAUCUAUUCGUCGAAGGAGAAACUUAUUGUUGACCCAAGCAAGAUAGACGUGCACAUGACCGACUUUAUGCUGUCGAAGAACAAAAUUGUGCCCUCUUCAGAAAGGUCUGCAACUUCCGGGGCAGCUCCGUUCCCCAAGCCCGUCGAACCGCUCCUGCGAGACCAGUUCAAGACUAUCACCGACUCUUUAGAUAGUGUAUUGCCUCGUAAGAAGAAGGUGACGGCGCUGGAUGAGGCUAUGUUUGAACCUUACGAUGACGAGGACUUUGGGUUCAGCCGGGAGGCCUUGCAACGGGAGUUCCACCAAUUUCGUGUCUAUCGUCCGCGACUUUUGAUUUGCGGUUCUCAGGGAAUGGGUCAAGUUUAUAUUGGCGCUGCCAUCCUUCACUAUCUCGAAGGUGUUCAUAUACAGAACUUCGACCUACCAAACAUACUCGGUCAAAAUAUGUCCCCUGAACAAGUGCUUUUCGGACUUUUCGCUGAAGCUAGACGACAGAAGCCGAGCGUCAUCUUCAUUCCGAACGUUGAUAUAUGGUAUGAAGCGUUAGCUGGAUCUACGGCCUUGACUGCGUUCAUGUCCAUGCUUAGGACGAUAUCACCUACCGAUUCCAUCAUGGUCGUGGGAAUUGCGGAAACCGAAUUGAAGCAUAUUAGUCCCGAUUUGAAGCACGAUCUCUUUGGGUUGUCGAACUCGAACUUCGUAGAGAUUGCCCGUCCACAUGAGGCAAACCGCCAGGAAUACUUCAGCAGGAUAUUGGAGCAUAUCCAAAGAUACCCUAAGGACUUCCCUGAUCCUGCUAACAGAAAGAAGAGAGUCCUAGAAGUGCUUCCCGUGGCCCCGCCGCCACCGUCCAAGCAGCUCACACUUGAAGAGAUCAACGCUGAGAAUCUACAAUAUCGACGAAACCUCAAUUUGUUGAAAGUUCAUCUGCUGCCUAUUAUGGAUCAGAUCAAGCGCAAGUACCGCUUGUUCCGUAAUCCAGUCAUACCGCAGUCAAAGUACCAAUACCUCUUUGAUGAGGCAGAUCCUAACUAUGUUAGACCUGAUGUAUCUAACGCACCGCCACGCCCUUAUGAGCUUGGUAAGGACCCUGAAGGGACUCCAGGACUUAUCGACACUGCGACAAACAAGUUCUUGUACAAUCUUGAUAUCGUCACAAUUGAGACAAGACUUGCUAAUACGUUCUACAUUACCCCGGAGGCAUUUUUGAAGGAUGUAAGAUCUUUCGUAGCUGAUUCCGAAACCCUUGGCGACCAUGCUACCUACAUCAAGGCAAAUGAGAUGUAUGUCAACGUUGAGGUAGACGUAACAAACACCGCCGAGAAUCUUCGUGCUAGAUAUGAUUUUGAAGGGGAUUGGAAGAGAGAGUUGUUCCGACAGAGGGAGUACAAACGAAUUCAGAAGUCCCUCAGGAAACAGGCACAAUCCAAUUCGGGCCAUUCCCAGCCUAAUACCACUAACGGUGCAGAUCCUCCACUCAGCGGUCAUCCGCCGAAGUUACAGCGAUUGCAUACAACAGCCGGGUUCGAAGUCAUAAAAGAAUCUGUCACUAAUGGUGAGGGCUUACCACCUCCGCCUGCCGCGAAUGGGACAUCUGUGCCAUCUCGAGCGGUAGGUGAAGAUGUUCAUAUGACUGGGGCUAAUAGCCCGGUUGCCGGUGGCCAAAAUUUCGUCAUGCAGCCAUUGUCACAGCAGUCUCGCAUGGAAGCACCUCGAUCUCUCUAUACCUCGAGAACAUCCACAGGAGGAAAUAUGGAAGCACCAUCCUUUCAAACCCCUAUGCGGAUGGGUGCGGGAGGAACAAGUCGGAUGUCGCAGGUCUCGGCUGUGCAAUCCCUCCCGGCCGGGGUAUCGCCUUCAGCGUUCGUAAACGAUGCGUCAACUACCAAGACGUCGGACCCUUCCACUCGAUCCUCCAACUUCAGUACACAGGCAACCAACGGCAACAACCACGACCAGUCUAGCAUUCCUGAUACUCAAUCGGUCUCCAGCCAACUCACAUUCGGUGAUGCGUGGGCUCACUCGCAAGCUCAGGCCAUGGCGCAAGGAAUUAUGCACCAACCCGGAUCAUUCCAGGGGCCUCGUGUUCAAGCAUCUCCAGCAGGCAAUAGAUCAUAUGCCCCUAGCUCGGUAAACCUGCUAAAUGAUCCGACUCCAGAAGAUCCGUCUCAAUCUAUAUCGCAGCGUCAAUCAGGUACCUCUGCCUCGCAACAGGUGGAGGUAGAUGAGGGAUCGGCCCGGUUUUUCCUCGAGCGAGUUACCGAGCGCACGUCGGACUGUACAAUUGAACAGCUUCAACAGAUCUAUCGUGAGAUGAUGGUCGAGCUUUGGAACACCCGAGGAGAGAAUAAUCGUGCGAGAGUGCUCACUUCGAUCACCCGCAUUUUCAACGACGCAAUUAAUGACAUCGAAUCGAUCCAGGGAAUAUACCAUUCAAGCCAAUGAGUUCCUAGAAUGAACUGCAUUGGAAUUGCGGGAAAUGAGGGCGGCUCAUAGUUAUCGCUAGGGAGCUAAUGUAAUUAUAAAUAAAUAGCUAGGGGCGUGAGAGCCCAAUGGUUUCGCGAUGGCUUUAGGACACAGGGAACAUUUGCAGGAAGGCAGGCUAGCUUAACAGUCACGGUCACGGCCUCAAUGCAGGAAACGUUUAUAACUUGCUGGCUUGGGAAGGUUUGGCUCGCGCCCCCUUUCUUCAUAAGUGUGCAUCUUCGGUAGGAUUUUUACCUUACCUAGGCAGGAAUUGGCUCUGGUCAUAAACAAAAUAUGAGAGCUUUUGCUGUGGGUGA